CGGCCGACGUCCAAUUAGUCGAGGCGGCGCUGCUCCGCGAGUCGCACCGCCGCUGCGAGCCUUGAAGGCCGUUCGUCGAGUCGAGUUGGGCCGCGCGCGAUAAGGGAGCGCGCUAGGGAAGCGAGAGGCGGCCGCGGCGAAUCGGGCCUGACUGGGAUAGUGGGAUCUGUCGGGCUCCCGCGCGUGAUUCCGCGCGCCGCGAGCUUCGAUUGCAGGCAGCGCGAGUAACGAGGUUUGCCGGCAAGCUCGCUCGGAGAGGCCAGAGGGUGAGUGCGAGAGAGGGAGAGCGUCGCCGUAGCAACCCCCGGCCCCGGCUCGGCCUUGCGCCGCCUCCCCCGGCCAAUGGCGAGCCCCAGCCGGCCGAGGGGGAUGCUGCAGCCGGCGCGCAUGGGCGGGGCGCCAGCGGGAGCAGCCGGAGUCUGAGGCAGCGGGAUCACAGCAGCGGACGGCAGCAUCCAGCGCGCCACCAGCGGAAGCGGGCCAAACGAGCCGGGAGCCGCCGCGAAAUCGAGCCGAAAGUCACGUGCGGACAGUCAAAAAGCUCGGCUCGCUCCUCGCUGCCGUCGCUCCUCGUUCUGCCCGUUCUCUGCGUGCGCGCAGUCCGCCGUCCAGCCGGGCGAGACGCGACCCCGGAGUGCGCGAGUGCUUCCUCGCGUUAUUUUCUCGCGGCUGUUUACACGGAGCGGGAGGGAGAGAGUGCGCGCGGGGCCCGUGCCGAGGAUGCGGCCCGCUGGCGACGAGCGGCGCAGGCCCCCCGGGCGGGUUCCUAGAGCGGAAAGCCACGAGACCGGACUGUAGGGAGAGAGCGAGAGAGGAGCGCGCGCGCGCGAGCAGAAAGUGCCGCGGAGCGCGACGGACGGGAGCACCGAGCGAGGAGAAUCAGAAGCGCAACACCUGCCGCGGCCCCAGCGACGCCUGCACUCGAGGAAGCGCCAACUAUGGACCUCAGCACGGCCUAUCGCUACAAUCAGAACAUGAUGGAAUACUACACGUGCCACGGGGGAGUGAACCAGCUGGGCGGCGUCUUCGUGAACGGGAGGCCACUGCCGGACGUCGUGAGGCAGAGGAUCGUCGAGCUCGCGCACAGCGGCGUCCGACCGUGCGACAUCUCCCGACAACUCAGGGUAUCCCACGGCUGUGUAUCCAAGAUAUUGUCGAGGUAUUACGAGACUGGCAGCUUCAAAGCCGGAGUCAUCGGGGGCUCGAAGCCGAAAGUGGCGACGCCGCCGGUAGUCGAUGCGAUCGCCAACUACAAGAGGGACAACCCCACGAUGUUCGCCUGGGAGAUUCGCGACAGACUGCUCGCCGAGGGCAUCUGCUCGCAGGACAACGUGCCAUCCGUCUCCUCCAUCAACCGAAUCGUAAGGAACAAAGCGGCGGAGAAGGCGAAGCACGCGCACCAGCAGCAGCAGCAGCAGCAGCAGCAGGCGCAACAGCAGGGUCAGCAGCAGCAGCAGCAGCAGCAGCAGCAGCAGCAGCAGCAGCAGCAGGGCCCGGUGUCGGUGAUAGCGCACGCGCCGGCGACGGCUGCUACCGCCCCGAACGCCUACAGCAUAAGCGGCAUCCUCGGCAUCCCGGCCCACCACCAGGACCCCAACGGCAACAGCAUCAAGAGGAAGCGCGCCGACGACGAUGAUAAUCGCGAUCUGGCCGACCACUCCGACGAUGAUCUCAAGAGGCAGAGGAACACCUACAACGGCGACCAGCUCUACUCCAACCUGUGGUCCAGCAAAUGGAGCAUCAAGGACGAGCACAAGCUCUUGAGCGAGCUCGGCGGUGGCGGCGGCGGCGGCGGAGGAGGGGGUGGCGGAGGCGGUGGCGGCGGAGGAGGCAGCGGAGGCGGCGGAACGGCGAGCGGCAACGGCACCAGCGGCCCCCAGGCCAACGCCGCCAACAACGCCGGGUACUACGAGCACGGGGGAUUCCCCGGCAACACUAUCGCCACCUCCGCGGAACUCUACGACUCGCUAGGCACCAUCAGCACCAUGACGCAGGCGCAGACGCCGCAUCUCUACACACCCCCCAUCGGAGGCAGCAUAGGAGGUACUUUGACGCCGCUCGCACCACUGACGAUGCAAGAACUAAAAUUGAGCCAAACGUUGGACGGGACUAACAUGUCUCCUUACCAUACUACCGGAGAGAGUGGCAGCGUGGCAGUAUCAUACGUGGGUGUGGGGGCUGGCGGGGGCGAGCAGAGCCCACCGAUGUCGAUGCAGAACGAGGCUAGCGCCGCCCCCGCGGCCCCCCAAACCCCUCAGGGAGGGGACCCUGGACUCACGGUACUCCAGCCGCCUGUCUCGCAGCCCCAGGUAGCCUCCGCGAUUCCGCCCUACUCUACGAUGUUGCCUAGUUUUGGACACUACGCCACUGGUGGUGGCGAUUACGCGUAUAGCGCGGCGUACUCCCAGUAUUCCAGCGCACCCUACGGAGGAUACAGUUAUGGGGCAGCGACUAGCGGGUUGCUCAAUUCUACGUACUAUUAUUGCAACGGGGACACGCUGGCGUCUUCCCAGAACGGUGGCGGUCAGGGCCAACUCCAGCAGCAGCAACAGCAGCAGCAUCAGCAUCAGCAUCAGCAUCAGCAUCAGCAUCAGCAUCAGCAACAGCUGUGUGGGAGUAUCGACAGCACAGCGGACGUAGCGUCGCGCUCGCCGCUGGCCGCGACCAGGGCGAGCAGCGGCGCCUCCGCGGCCUCGCCUACGGGUAGCGCCUGCACCAAGCCGGACCUCGCGCAAACGCCGACCGAGCUGUACCUCGCCUGAUUGCUCGGGCUCGACCAAGUCGGCUAGGCCACUCCGCCGAUCGCGUUCGGUACGAGGAGAAGGAUCUCGGGAAGCGGGAAGGAGAGAGAAGAGAGGACGAGAGGAUCAAGCCCACUGGAAUUCAAUGUACUGAUCUCUAGACUCGCGCGGUCGUCAGCCUCGCGGAACUCGACUCCGAGAGUUCGCCGCGCUCCACUCGCCAAGUGCACAAGUCUUACCUUAGAUAGUUUAAUUUAUCACCAUCGGUUAGCACGAUUUUACGUUUUUUUCCUCUCACCAAGAACGCCUAUCUGACUCUCGGGGGCGGGGAUGCACUUCUCGAGGUGAUUCCGCGCUCGAGCUUGCGGCGGCCCGCUUGGAAAAUACCGGCUCGCUGCAAGCUCGGGCUCGAACCCGAUGCGGGGUAGGUAGUUGGCCGAUGCGCCCCGAUGCCCGACAGUCCGAGACGGUAUUCGCAACGUGCACGUAUCUUCACAUAAAUACGUUUAGGCAUAAUCAUAAUAGAAGAGUAAAAUUCGUAUAAUGAGAACGCCGCUCAGGCUCGUUCUUCGCAAGUCUGUGUCAGAGCACGAACGUGACAUGUCAUGAUUGCGCAUGUGUAUAUAAUAUGCAUCAUGAAAUAUAAUAUACAUGUAUGAUUAUUAUAUAGUAUGGUCGCGAAUUGAAGAUGUCGAGAGAUUCCGGACUCUUGAUCCAUCCUGUGUCUCCGUGUUCUUAGGAUUAAAACAAAACCAGCAAGGAUUCUAUAUCACAGAAUGACGAAUAAUAUCGCCGCAGUGGGCGAUUGUUCGGCUAACUUUGAGACUUUUAGAGCAUGAUGAAUCCGGUAAACGAUCACAUACAUUGUAUAACUGUUAAGAAUAUCGCAUAUAUAUUUUUUGUAGAAAAACCAAAGACCACAUCAAGCGAGAGAUUCGAAGAAGAAAAUAUAAAUAAAUAUAUAUAUAUAUAUAUAUAUAUAUACAUAAAUAAAUAAAUGAGUGAAUAAAUAAAAUAAACAGAUAGAUAGAGAUUAGACUACAUCGACAAUUCUAAGCAGAAGAUAUAGAACUAAGAGCAGAGCAUUUCCGGCUGCACUAUGUGUUGUGCAUUGACUCGAAUGUUUUGAUCAAUUAUUGUACAUAAUUAUUCAUUAUUCUUUAAGUAUUAGAUAAUCAAUGAGGUAUAGAUGAAGCGACACUCAUUAAAAAGUGAAUUCGAAAAAUAAUACAAAGAGUACAGUUGGUGUACGUACAUGUAGCCCUUAUAUUUACCAUAAUUUAUAUUGAACGAAAUUCAGGCAAAUUCACGCGAAACCGUGUGUGUGUGUGUGUGUGUGUGUGUGUGUAUGUAUAUAU